AUGUUGGAUGAAAUGGAACAGGACCAAAAAUAUUACGAAAAAAUGACUAAGAAGGACAGCAAUAGAAAAAAAUAUUAUACAGGAAGAUCGACCAAAGAACAAGCUGAUUUCUGGUGACAAGAAAGAUUUGCUUCAUGAUCAUUUGAAGGCAUUUAUUGGCAAAACCAGAAAAGGAAACAUGAGAAAAGCGGAUAUGAAACUAAACCAGAUUACAGAUCCUCAGAUUUCAGAGUGCCAAGCAACAGCCUCUUCCUCACCAUCAAAGAGGUAGAAGAAAUCAUCAAGCGCAGAGCCAAAGAGAAAGCCGCAAAGAAAAACAUCAAACUGACCAGUUCCGAACUAGACAUGCUGGUCGACAAAGCUACCAUCCACAUACCCAACCAUAUAGUUGGUAAAAGAGACAUAAACCAUGUUCUCUUGGAGGAAAAAGCGAAUUUCUACAAGAACAACCAGUUCAGCCAGGAGCGUUUCGAGAAAUUUGCCAGGAAUCAAAAGAGUCCGCCUAAAUUCAAGCUGAUGAAGCGAGAUAUUAACUUGGAUAUGUUAAAGAAGAAAAUUAAGAGUGAGGGUUCUUGGGGGAAGCCCAAACCGGUGACGCAGCCGGAGUUUUUGAGGAAGUAUUGGGACGAACCGGAAGAUACAUUUAGAAUGAAAGAUCAUUACAAUGACGAAUUGUUCAAAAAUUCCAUGGACUCAGAUGAACUCACCAUGGAAAACCUAGGAGUGGAAGAAGACAUAUUUCCAAACUUCGCCACAUCAGACGAAGAUUGGUACUACAAGAACCAAUUCCAACCAAAACAGAAGCAAAAACCACAAAAACUCAACCUGGAUAUGGACAGAAGAUGGAUGCCAAUAAGCAUAAGAAACAGAAAUGGCCCAAGCAAAUUUUCUGAAGUUUAUAGGGAAGAACUAGACAUUGGAAAGGUGAAAAAAAUAAAGCUACCGUGGUUCGAAUCUCAAAAGAAAAAUAAGUAUCCUUGGGAGGAUACAUAUGGAUAUAACGGACAAAAGAAUCGUGAUAUGUCUGUUUUUAAUGGGCUAGAUGAGUUAAAUUUUUAUGAUGAUCUUGACUAUGCCUUUGCUAGAAAAAGGAGGGCAUUAUUAAAUACAAUUGCCAAGGAUGGUCCUAUGAAAUUUAAAAAGAACGACAUAAAGAAACUAGGAAAACAUACAAUACAGAAAAACAAAGUCCCUUGCAAAAAUUGUUUGAAAGAAAAAAAGCAGAAAUCAAAUGUUCAAGUCCUUUUGAACGACAAACAUGAUAAAAGGAAUAAAACGCUUGAUGAUCUAAUUGCUGAAGCUGACAUUAAUGAAAACACUAUACCUCCACCACGAUCAAAAAGAUCUCUUUUAAACAACGAGUUGCCUUUCUUGUUUGGACAGUACAGACCUUUAACCUUAGACUUAAAACCUUGGCAACCUGUUGACGUGUUGACACUUGUAAAAGAUCAUCCUUCAUUAUUGCCUUUGUAUGCUCUGAUUCAGGAACAGAACUUGAAGAAUAGUUUGAUGCAUCCUAGGUAUUUUGAACUGAGAAGGAAAAGAUUUAUUGAUCAGAAACGUUUAGAUUCUUUGGAGAACUCUAUUGCUCUUAAAACUGAGUCAAGAAAAGGUGUAACUGAAGAAAAAAUUGAGUGGAAUAAAAAUAAUGGAGUGACUGAAAAAAACGAUGAUGGUAAAGGAAACGUUGAAUGGGAAAUUGUUUCAGGAGACUUGAAAAAAGAAAAUGUGAAUAAUGUUGAACAACAAACUGCUAAUAAAAGAAUAACGAAACUUAGUAAUUUGGAUAAUGAGCCUGACGUAAAUCAAAAUAUUCUUCAGAAGAAUAUAGAUAAAAAGAUAACGAAUUUAGGAGAAGAAAAUACAGAAAUAGAUGAGAAAACUACUGAAGAUAUCAGUGAAAUUAAAAAAUUAUUACUUGAUGAUAUAAGGAGAAAAUUAGAAGAACGUUACAAUCUCAGACAUUUUAUUUCAGAACAAGAUGACGAACAAAAAGAUGAUAAGUAUGAUCAAGAUGGUGAACUUUUGAAAAGUCGACACAAUAUUGAAGUAAACAACGAAGAGCAAACUGUUAGAAGAAAUAAAUACUUGGAAAGCAAUAAUGAUCUAUCUGGAGCAAAAGAAAAUAGUAUUUUUAAAGAAAAAUAUGAAAAUACUAAUGCUGAUCCUUUAAACAUUUUGCAGAAAGUUGUUAAAAAGAACAUACUGAAAGCAGCUCGAGAAAAUCUGAUCGAAAAAGAAAAAUUAAUAGAAUCGCAAAUGAAUGAUCUUGAAGCUACGAGACAAACUACAUUGAAUGCUAUAAAAAAUGGUGUAUUACGAAGAAAUGAUGUAAAUAAUAAGGAUAAUAUAGUUUCUCGUAUACCAACCUUUUUGGAAAAAGUUUUGGGACAAAGUAAUGCAAAACCUAUUGAAAAUUUGAUGGAGACUGUAAAGAAAUCGAUUAAGCAAAUGAAUGUUAAUUUAAAUAACUUUAUUACUCGUUUAUUUUAGCGUUUAGUUUUUUUAUAUUUUGUUUAAUUAAA